AGUAUUUAUCUGUAAUCAUCUCUCAUUGUCUCUCUCAAAUUGAUAAUAGUUUGUAUGAAAGAGAUUGAAUUGAUCGAAUCGAAUUGUUGAAAAAAAGAAUGGGGGAUCAUUUGGCGAGAGCGGAGGAUUUUGAGAAUAAGGCAGAGAAGAAACUGGGCGGUUGGGGUUUGUUCGGUUCCAAAUACGAGGAUGCUUCUGAUCUCUUCGAUAAAUCCGCCAAUUCCUUCAAGCUCGCUAAAUCAUGGGAUAAAGCUGGAUCCACCUACAUCAAAUUGGCAAAUUGCCAUUUGAAGUUGGAAAGCAAGCAUGAAGCUGCCCAAGCUUAUGUUGACGCUGCCCAUUGCUAUAAGAAGACUAAUAUAAAUGAGGCUGUAUCUUGCUUAGACAAUGCUGUAAAUAUUUUCUGUGAAAUUGGUAGACUUUCUAUGGCUGCUAGAUAUUUGAAGGAAAUUGCUGAGUUGUAUGAGUCUGAACAGAAUAUUGAGCAGGCUGUUGUUUACUAUGAAAAAUCGGCUGAUUUUUACGAGAACGAAGAAGUACAAACUUCUGCAAACCAGUGCAAGCAAAAAGUUGCUCAAUUUUCUGCUCAGCUAGAACAGUAUCAGAGGUCAAUUGAGAUUUAUGAAGAGAUAGCUCGCCAGUCUCUCAACAAUAAUUUGCUGAAGUAUGGAGUCAAAGGACAUCUUCUUAAUGCUGGCAUUUGCCAACUUUGCAAAGGGGAUGGUAUUGCUAUUACUAAUGCAUUAGAGCGAUAUCAGGAGUUGGAUCCAACAUUUCCCGGAACACGUGAAUAUAGACUUUUGGCGGAUAUUGCUGCUGCAAUUGAUGAAGAAGAUGUUGGAAAGUUUACUGAAGUUAUCAAGGAAUUUGACAGCAUGACCCCUCUGGAUUCUUGGAAGACAACACUUCUUUUGAGGGUGAAGGAAAAACUGAAAGCCAAAGAACUCGAGGAGGAUGAUCUUACUUGAUUUGCACCUUACUCUUCUAUCGGAUGGACUUCGUGUUUGAUGAUUUGUCUUGUAUUAUGCUUGUCUGUCCAGUUGUUCAUCUUACAUAUCUACUUAUCUGAAGUGUUCUUGCUUUGGGUUUCAAUU